AAGUAAACCAGCGACAUGUGCGAGGAUGAAGAAUGUGCUCUGGUGUGCGACAAUGGCUCCGGCAUGGUCAAGGCUGGCUUCGCUGGUGACGACGCUCCCCGCGCUGUCUUCCCUUCCAUCGUCGGCCGCGCCCGUCACCAGGGUGUGAUGGUCGGUAUGGGUCAGAAGGACGCCUACGUCGGUGACGAGGCCCAGGCUAAGAGAGGUAUCCUGACUCUCAAGUACCCCAUCGAGCACGGCAUCAUCACCAACUGGGACGACAUGGAGAAGAUCUGGCAUCACACCUUCUACAACGAACUGCGUGUUGCCCCCGAGGAGUCCCCCGUCCUCCUCACUGAGGCUCCCCUCAACCCCAAGGCCAACCGUGAGAAGAUGACCCAGAUCAUGUUCGAGACUUUCAGCUGCCCUGCCAUGUACGUGGCCAUCCAGGCCGUGCUGUCCCUGUACGCCUCUGGUCGUACCACAGGUAUCGUGCUGGACUCUGGUGAUGGUGUGUCUCACACUGUCCCCAUCUACGAAGGUUAUGCUCUUCCUCACGCCAUCCUCCGUCUCGACUUGGCUGGUCGUGACCUGACUGACUACUUAAUGAAAAUCAUGACAGAGCGAGGAUAUUCCUUCACUACCACUGCAGAACGAGAAAUCGUUCGUGAUGUUAAAGAAAAACUUUGUUAUGUUGCUCUUGACUUUGAAGGCGAGAUGAGUGUCGCAGCAGCUUCCUCCUCCCUGGACAAGUCCUAUGAGCUUCCUGACGGUCAGGUCAUCACCAUUGGUAACGAACGCUUCCGUGCUCCUGAGUCUCUCUUUCAACCUUCCUUCCUGGGUAUGGAAGCAUGUGGUAUUCAUGAAACUGUCUAUAACUCUAUCAUGAAAUGUGACGUUGAUAUUAGAAAGGACUUGUACGCAAAUACGGUCUUGUCUGGUGGUAGCACCAUGUACCCUGGUAUUGCUGAUCGAGUGCAGAAGGAAAUAACAAACCUGGCUCCCUCCACCAUCAAGAUCAAAAUCAUUGCUCCUCCCGAGCGUAAGUACUCCGUCUGGAUCGGCGGCUCCAUCCUGGCCUCUCUGUCCACCUUCCAGUCCAUGUGGGUGACCAAAGAGGAGUACGAUGAGUCUGGUCCCGGAAUCAUUCACCGCAAGUGUUUCUAAUGUAACCAUAAACUAAUGUGCCUCAAAUAUUUUAUAUUAAUAAAACUGAAAUGUUUGUCAACUGCUUUUGUAAUAUUGAAUAAAUAUUUCAUUUCUA